UUCCUCCUCCUUGGGCUAGCGGCGAGAAGAAACAGGUCUCCUCAGAAGGCUUCCAGGAUUUGCCUUACAUCGUUUAUCUGGUGGCUUCGUGCUUGGUCGCCAUUGCUGCUGUAAGGUCGGCUCCAUUUUCGAGUACUUCAACAAAAAUCCCGUGUUUGGGGUGAUUCAACCGGACAGUCCCUUCUACACACCGGUGCUGGGUUUCUUUUCAAUCACUGGCAUCCCAGUUUCUGUAAGUUCCCAUUUUUCUUUGUCCCUGAGAUUGUAUUGUCAAUCUUUGCAGGCGUUCCUAUGGUUUAGAGCUAUCAAACUUGCGAACAAGGACGCUGAAAGGCAGGACAAAGAGGACGGUUAUUUCUAAGCCCAUGUAUAAUACUUUUCUGAUAACUUUUUAGACUUGGCUAAAUAUUUGACAAUUGACCAUUGACUUACGAAUUAAGAACCCUAAAGAUUGACUACAGGUUUUUUGACGUAAACAAGAUAACAUAAAUAUCUGGAUAACGCUUAAGCCCUAAAAUGGCUACUCUUCUCCAGCGAAUCGACCAGCAGCGAUGGCCUCUCGGCCUCCCAAUGCGAUCUCCGCGCUCCUCCUCCUCCUCCUCCUCCUCCGCCAGGAUCUCCUCACUGCGCGUCUCGCGCUACUGCUGCAUUGUGGCGACAGCGGCGGAAUCCACCGCGGCGGAAGCUGCUCCGCCAAAGAGGGGCCCUAGGGAGACGAGGGACGUGAGCAAGGGCCCGAGCGGUGGAGCGAGCGCGGGGGACAUUGGCAGGGGAAUGGGUGCUGAAUUCGACACCGUGGUCACGAACUCGGUAGGGAGCGCCUCUUUCAAGAUCGCCAAGGUUCCCACCAUGGAGGAGCGGGAUUUCCGUGCUGCUGCUGUGAUCGAGGUCGCGGAUGUUGCUCAAGGUGUUCGAUGCAUCACUGUCGACGCUGAGUGCUCCAGAGAGUUUAUUCCCCGGGAGCAAGCAUACACGAAGUCUGGACAAAUGGCCCAAGUUCGCCUCCUUGGCCAAGAGAGCUCCAUCAAGCUCCCAGUGUCGAGCUCUCCCUUCUCCUGGGAAGUAAACCAUGCCGUCACCAUGAAGGCCAGAGCCGACGUUCCUUCGGGCACGCAAAAGCUUCCGCAAUUCUUCCUCUCCGUCAAGAGUCCCCUCCAGCUUCACGUCACCGAGUCGGAAGCACCGGAGUUUUAUGGAUUGAAACAAGGAGAUGAGAUCGAGCUGGGGCCAUUCGACUCCAGUGGGAUGGACUUGCGGCCAGUGCUUUUCAUCACCCAGUAUCCAACGCUGUUGAUAUUCGCGCAGGGGAAAGGCAUAGCCGCGGCCAAGGCAUUGAUCGAGACGAAAGAUGCCGAUGUGAGUAGCCUCAACUUACGGCUGCGGCGGGACGUCCGGCUCUUCUACGUAGCUCCAAGGCCAGAACUACUAGCGUACAAGGAAACGUUCGCAGAGUGGGAGAAGAAGAAGGUGAAAGUUUGCACUUCGGUUGAGGCUGCCAACGAUCAAUGGGACGGCCAAGUUGGAUCGUUCCAGGAAUUAUGGGACGAGGAUGAUCUAGAGUAUGAUCCGAGGAGCACGGCAGUGGUGGUAUGCGCCGAGGCCGGGGCUGAGCAGGAGCUGGACGAACUCUUGGAGAAUGCCGACAUUGUGAAGGAGCAGACUGUCAAAUGGAUCAUCUAAACCCAAAACCCUGAAACUCCAAAAA